UUGUCUCAUCGUCUCUACAGGACACCAGGCACACAGGAAUUCUGAUACGAUGAAGGGUUUGAGGACCAUCACAACAGCUUAUGUACUCACCCUUUUAUUGUUGGCAACAUUUAUCUCGCAGUCAUGGAGCACACCAAAGGGCUCGUUCCAGCGGAGAAACUGGACCCCGCAGGCUAUGCUGUAUCUCAAGGGCACCCAGGGCAGAAGGUUCAUUUCAGAGGACCGAAAAGAAGGAGAUGUCUAUGACACUCUGCACCUUGAGACCCGCAGUCAGAACACAGAGAAGCUGAGUGUGGACCAGGCAGCUACUGUUCUGCUCAACUUCCUGCAGCAGGCCAGAGAGGGAGCUGAUGAAAACCAAGACGAGGUGUACUUCCAGGAGCUGCCGGUGUGGAAGAGAGAAUAUUUCUAA